AUGGAGAAACCAGUCCCAUAUGAAAGUGGAAUUGCCAGCGGUUUCCCGAUCGACAAGACGUUGCUCAUUUUCGGCACCGUCGAGAAGAAGGCCAAGCGCUUCAAUAUCAAUCUUCUGAGGCGAAACGGUGACAUCGCUCUGCAUUUCAAUCCGCGAUUUGAUGAGAAGGCGGUGAUUAGGAACGCUCUGGCUGCUAACGAGUGGGGAAAUGAAGAAAGAGAGGGCAAGAUGCCGUUCGAGAAAGGAGUCGGUUUCGAUUUGGCUAUCAAGAAUGAGGCCUAUGCCUUCCAGGUGCGUCCGAUUCGAUUUCCAGAUGAGCAUUAUCAAGGUUUUUUUCACUAG